AUGUGCAAGGGAGAAGCAGCGACUCAUUUGCUUCCUCGUUUCCGUAAGGACUCACCGCAGCGGUACCGUGACGCAGAGGACAUCAUCGAGCACUUGAAAACUCUGUACAUGGACGAGAAUCGCAUUGUCAACGCUAAGAGCAAGCUUCGACGUCUCUAUAUGAAAGAUUCAAAGUUCCAGGUCUUCCUAUCUCAAUUCGCGUUGUAUGCGCAGGAAUCUGAGUUAGCGACUAGUCAGUGGAAGGAUGAACUCUAUGAGCAACUGUCUCUAGAGAUGCAACGUCAUAUGGUCAAGGAGAGCUACGAUCAGACCAUGAGCUAUGCCACGUUCAUACAAGAGUGUCAUAAAACCGCGAACCGACUCGAACAGAUCGCCGAGACCGAGAAACGCAUUCGUCCCCGCGGAAACAAGGGCAGCAAUGGUAAUGGUGCCAGCAUGGAUGGCAAGAAGGACGUAAACAUCGGAUCUAAGAAUAAGGACGAUACAGCGAAGGAUAAGCUCUCUUAG